AUGUUGCCUACCACUGGCGCGACGUCAGAAGCCGCCACGAAUAAGACUGCCUGCGAGCGUGCACUUAACACUGUCGAAAUCCUGGAGCAGAUCAUAUUGGAGAUGCCCUGCCGCAGAGUGCUCACUGCGCAGAGAGUCUCGAAGCUCUGGAACGACACCAUCGCUGGCUCUUUAAGACUCCAGGUUGCGCUAUGCUCCACGCCGCUGCCGCCACACCUGGUUCGACUCAGCAACACAUCUGCUUCCGAGCAAGACCCGCCGGGAAAGGAUUCCAAGCGUGCUGCGCUCGCAGUACCCGAAGACGACACAGCUCUAGGAUUGACGCUGCGGUUCUCCACACCACGUCCGACGGAGCAGGCAUCAGCAAGCGAAGUCUACGACGAGAUCAUCGACCUGGCACCCAAGAGAUCCCACAUCUUCAACCCACUCCUUACGAGAACCAUCGGGAGGUCGCGCCAGCAGAAAGCAAGCUGGGAUCGCUGCUACUAUUUGCCAAUGUUGCAUGAGUUUGCUGAGUCCGACCUGCCUCAAGAAAUGCUUCUUAUGCAGGCACCAGUCACCGAGAUGGGCGUUGGGCUGGAGCUUACCUGCGGCUUUAAGACGUUCUUGCGUGGACCGUUUUUGGGGCCUACGUACGAGGAAGAACGCCUGAUUCAUCACACUUGCUGGCAACUCCGGGGGAUUGGCUGGGAAGUGUCGUGCAUUAAGGGCAAUGUGCGGCUGUACAAGGUGCUCGAGAUCAGCGACCCUGAGGGCGUGACUGCGCUGGAGAUUCUGGAGGUGUGCAGUCGGGAGGCGGAAGUUUGGCGUGAGUUCGAACAAAUCGACGGCUUCGAGGAGCGUAGAUGGGCGGUGAGGAUCGAUUGUGGCAUCGUUCACACGAGCCUGACGAAAGGGGAGUCUAGCGCAUAG